AUGGCUGACAAAGAAGACGACGAAACCUUUCAAGAAGAUGACGUAUAUAUAAAUCCUGAAGAUGGAAUGCCUAAUGUUCAUCCAAAUAUCGCUGAUAUACAUCCGGACAGUGAUUCCAAUGACGAACUUAACGAAUUUGACGAUCUACCAAAGUCCGUGAUUGUAACAAAUAUACCAAGCGACGUCUUCUCCGACGAGAAGUUGAAAAAAGAACUUGAAGAUUUAUUUCGUACGUUUUCUGAUAAUAUAACUUUUCAGUGGUUAAAAAGUUUUAAACGCCUACGUGUGAACUACGACAGCCCUCUAGCCGCAGCCAACGCACGAGUACAACUUCAUCAGUAUCACUUCCAUAGUACCUAUAUUAAUUGUUAUUUUGCCCAACCUGUUACGCCAAUUUCAUUGAAGAAUCUGCAACCGCCAGCGCCCGUCAAGCAAUAUCUGAUUUCCCCACCAGCUAGCCCUCCUAUUGGAUGGGAGCCACGGGAAGAAGGUGAACCUAUAGUAAAUGCUGAUUUAUUAGCAGCAAUAGCUAGUUUGGCUCCUGGAGAAAGUCAUGAACUACAUGCCCCUACUCCGACACAGCCUGCGAUUAUUGUGCACACAGCCCUAUCUGCUGAGCCUGCACCCAUAUCCUGUAAGAUUCAACACACAAGAUGUCCUGAAUACUGA